UAACAUUAUGCUAUCUGUUUUAUCUGGCAACACAAAAUCGUCAAAUUUUGGCAUGGUUGAUCUCUACAAGACCGAAUAAAAUAAAACCGUUUUCGUUGAAUUAUUAUGAAAAUGGAGUGGAAACCUGAACAAGAAGGAUUAAGACAAAUAUUAACACUACUAAAGGAGUCUCAGUCACCGGACACUGCUACUCAGAGAGCAGUUCAACAAAAAUUGGAAGAAUUAAACAAAUACCCAGAUUUCAACAACUACUUAAUUUUUGUACUAACAAAACUAGUUUCGGAAGAAGAACCGACGAGGUCUUUGAGUGGUCUUAUUUUGAAGAACAAUGUCAAAGCGCGCUACAACAGCUUUUUACCCGAGGUUGCGGAGUUCAUAAAGCGAGAAUGUUUAUCAGCGGUUGGAGAUCCGUCGCCGUUGAUUAGAGCGACUGUUGGCAUUAUAAUAACAACCAUUGCUAGUAAAGGUGAACUUACUUCAUGGCCUGAGUUAUUACCAGCAUUAUGCCAAAUGCUUGAUUCACAGGACUACAAUGUUUGUGAGGGUGCUUUUGGAGCGCUUCAGAAGAUUUGUGAAGACACAGCAGAAUUGUUAGACAGUGAUGCUUUAAACCGGCCAUUAAAUGUAUUGAUCCCUAAAUUUCUCCAGUUUUUUAGACAUUCAUCACCCAAAAUUAGAUGUCACGCCAUCGCUUGUGUCAACUAUUUCAUCAUGGGCAGAACACAAGCUCUCAUGUUACACAUAGAUUCUUUUAUUGAGAAUUUAUUCCAUCUAGCAGCUGACGAAGAUCCCGAUGUAAGAAAAAAUGUUUGUCAUGCUUUAGUGCUGCUAUUAGAAGUUCGUUUGGACAGACUGAUUCCAUACUUACCAAACAUUAUUGAGUACAUGUUAAUGCGCACACAAGACGCUGAAGAAGGUGUAGCUUUAGAAGCAUGUGAAUUUUGGUUGUCGCUUGCAGAGCAAAAUGUUUGCAGGGAGGUUUUAGGGCCACGGUUGCCAUCCCUACUGCCAGUGUUGGUCCGAGGAAUGAGGUAUUCAGAGAUGGAUGUGAUUCUACUGCGAGGUGAUCGUGACGAUGAUGCCGAUGACGCUGAGCCCGACAGAGAAUCAGAUAUUAGACCGCGCUUCCACAAACCACGCUCACACACCAUCAAACAUAAUGCAGGUGCGGGUGACAGUAAUAUGUCAGGCGGUGGCGAGUCUGAUGAUGAAGAGGAAGGCGGAGACGACGACGGCUCCCUGUCUGACUGGAACCUUCGCAAGUGUUCAGCCGCAGCCCUAGAUGUACUAGCCAAUGUGUUCGGAGCCGAUUUACUGCCAGUACUAUUCCCUAUACUCAAGGAGACGUUGUUCCACGAUGAUUGGGUCAUCAAGGAAAGUGGCAUCCUAGCAUUGGGUGCUGUAGCGGAAGGAUGCAUGGGCGGUAUGGUACCUCACCUGCCGGACUUGGUUCCGUACCUCGUGUGUUGUUUAGCUGAGAGGAAGGCUCUAGUGCGAGCUAUCACCUGCUGGACCCUGUCGAGAUACUCACAUUGGAUAGUCAGCCAGUCACACGAUCUGUACCUUAGACCCGUUAUGACAGAGCUCCUAAAACGUGUCCUGGAUAACAACAAACGAGUACAAGAAGCUGCUUGUUCGGCGUUCGCUACAUUAGAGGAGGAAGCCUGCACAGAAUUAGUACCAUACUUAGGACAUAUUCUACAGACAUUAGUGUACGCGUUCAGUAGAUAUCAACACAAGAACCUAUUAAUAUUGUACGACGCAAUCGGCACUCUAGCCGACUCUGUGGGACAUCACUUAAACAAACAAGAGUACAUUGACCUUUUGAUGCCACCUCUGAUUACUAAGUGGAAUGUAUUAAAAGACGAAGACAAAGAUCUGUUUCCUCUACUAGAGUGUCUGUCAUCUGUAGCAACAGCAUUACAGUCAGGAUUCCUGCCAUACUGUGAACCGGUGUUCAGACGAUGUGUGUCCCUCAUAGAACAGACAUUGAAUCAAAACAUUGCAAACAGUCAGAGCCCUGAACAGUUUGAUGCACCGGACAAGGACUUCAUGAUAGUGGCACUGGAUCUGCUGAGCGGCCUGACCGAGGGUCUGGAUGGACACAUCAACCACCUUGUGCUGAACUCCAACUUAAUGCAGCUUCUGUAUCAAUGUAUGCAGGAUCCUAUGCCGGAGGUCCGUCAGUCGUCGUUCGCGUUACUGGGAGAUCUGACUAAGGCGUGCUUCCAACACGUGCUGCCAUACAUACCGGAGUUCCUGCCCAUCCUGGGAAUGAACCUCAACCCAGAAUUCAUUUCGGUGUGCAACAACGCCACUUGGGCCAUCGGCGAGAUUAGCAUUAAGUUAGGAGCAGAGACCUCAAAAUAUAUACCGCUUGUACUGAACCAUUUAGUGGACAUCAUCAACCGGCCGAACACACCAAAGACCUUACUCGAAAACACAGCGAUAACUAUUGGUCGGCUAGGUUAUGUGUGCCCCCACGACGUCGCACCCGUUUUACAUCAAUUUGUACGCCAGUGGUGUACGUCACUGAGGAACAUCCGGGAUAACGACGAGAAGGAUUCAGCGUUCCGCGGCAUCUGUCAGAUGAUCCAAGUGAAUCCGGCGGGGGUGGUGCCCGACUUUAUGUUCUUCUGUGACGCCGUGGCUUCGUGGACGCAUCCAAGGACGACCUCAAGGAGUGUUACGAAGAUCCUCCACGGGUUCAAGAACCAGGUCGGAGAAGACAACUGGCGACGUUUCACCGACCAGUUCCGGUACAGCUCAGCGCCCGCCUCUCCGCCAUGUGCGGGAUAUAGGACGGACAGCGACAUAUGUGGGGAAUCAAUGUCAAUACGGGUCGGGAAGACAUUGCGGGCGAGAGCUCACGUGCUAACACCUGCCUGCUCUAUAAUAUGUACCUGAGCCAUCAGUAACCAUACGCACUCGCUCAAUACAAAGCAUCCAAGGACUAGGACGAGGGCUCGUAGCGGCUCUACGGCUACAAGUGCUACGACGGCUACGAGCACUGCACCUGGAC